CGUCUAGUUACACAAUAAGAAACAAUACGAAAACAAUACUAUUAGCUAAUAGAUGCCCAGAAGUGAACUAAUGAACGGACAUCAUACAAUAUGUGGCAACACUGUUGUUUGCUUUUUUGUUUUCUAUUGCUGCGAAUAGCGCUUUUUCAUGAAUUGUGAAUAGGUGGUUCGGUGUUUGGUGGUUAGUUAGAUUGUUUAAAUGGGGCGUUGCGAAAUGCUUAUCCAUUUAAUUGUCUAAAGUUCUUCAUGUGAGCAGGGAAAUACCUUCUGCUGACUGCUUAAUAUUUUUCUAUUAGAUAUACCUCAAGUAAGAAAGGUUUCUGGUUUAAUAACUCAUCAUGAGCUACAACAGAGGAUCUGAUGGAAAACCCCGAGGAUUUGGCUUUGGAGGUUUCCAAAUGUCUAAACGUGAGCAGCGAUCUGCAGCAAUCCCACCACCACCAUCCAGCAAUGUUAGCAAGCACGGCUACUCCACUAUGUCAUCAAUCACUCAAAAUGCUAUGGUUGCCAGUGGAUGGGGUGGGCCUAAAAAGAGGGCAAAAACUGAAGAUGAAUACUUUGAAGAUGAUGAUGAAUCUUCGGCUGCACCUCAGCUAGCAUACAUUCCAGCACCAGGUAGCCCAUCGUAUGAAGGCAACAAAAAAGAUUCAGACUCAGAAGAAGAUCCUCUUGACGCUUUCAUGGCUGGCAUAGAGCAACAAGUAACUAAGGAGAAGAAGAGGGCUGAUAGUGCCAAGGAUAAAAUUGAAGAAGAUAAAUCCAAAGGCAUAAGAGAUGAUAUUGAUGGUGAGGAUGUUGAAGAAUCGUAUUACAGGUAUAUGGAAGAAAAUCCAAUGGCUGGUGUUCAAAAUGAGGAUGAAGAUGAUGAAAUGGAAUAUGACGAGGAUGGAAACCCCAUUGUCACUAUUAAAAAGAAAAUUAUUGACCCCCUGCCUCCAAUUGACCAUUCAACAAUUACUUACACUCCAUUUGAGAAAAACUUUUACAAUGUUCAUGAGGAAAUUAGUAGUUUAUCACCUGCUCAAGUAGCCGAACUACGUCAUAAACUUGGCCUAAAGGUGACAGGGGUGUUACCUCCUCACCCUGUUACAAGCUUUCCACACUUUGGGUUUGAUGAUCCACUCAUUAAAACUAUUCGUAAGCUUGAAUAUACACAACCCACUCCUAUUCAAGCACAAGCUGUCCCUGCUGCUUUGGGAGGAAGAGAUAUCAUUGGUAUUGCAAAAACUGGAAGUGGUAAGACUGCUGCCUUUAUAUGGCCUCUUCUCGUCCACAUAAUGGAUCAAAGACAGCUAAAACCAGGGGAAGGACCAAUAGGUCUUAUAUUAGCUCCAACAAGAGAACUUUCACAACAGAUCUACAAUGAAGCCAAGCGAUUUGGUAAAGUGUAUGGAAUUCAAGUUUGCUGCUGCUAUGGUGGUGGAUCAAAGUGGGAGCAGAGCAAAGCUCUCGAGUCAGGAGCGGAAAUUGUUGUAGCUACUCCUGGUAGAAUGAUUGACUUGGUGAAAAUGAAAGCUACUAAUCUGGAAAGAGUCAGUUUCCUUGUGUUGGAUGAGGCUGAUAGAAUGUUUGACAUGGGUUUUGAACCGCAGGUGCGAUCGAUUUGCAAUCAUGUCAGACCAGAUCGCCAGACUUUGCUAUUCAGUGCAACAUUCAAAAAGAGAGUGGAGAAACUUGCACGUGAUGUGUUGACUGAUCCAAUACGUAUUGUUCAGGGAGAUGUAGGAGAAGCAAACGAGGAUGUCACCCAAAUUGUGCUGGUUCUCAGCUCUCUCCCAGCUAAGUGGACAUGGCUGUUAGGUCAUAUUGUUGAAUUUUUAUCAGCUGGAAGUGUUCUAAUAUUUGUCACUAAAAAGGCUAAUGCAGAGGAGUUGGCUAACAAUUUGAGACUGAAAGAGUAUGAAUGUCUGCUGUUGCAUGGUGAUAUGGACCAAAUAGAAAGAAAUAAGGUCAUAACCAAUUUUAAAAAACAAGAAUGCAACAUUAUGGUGGCUACAGAUGUUGCUGCACGUGGUCUGGAUAUUCCUCACAUAAGAACUGUUGUUAAUUAUGAUAUUGCCCGAGACAUUGAUACUCACACCCACAGAAUAGGGCGAACAGGUCGUGCUGGUGAAAAGGGAACUGCAUACACACUGGUCACGGAUAAAGACAAGGAAUUUGCUGGUCAUCUUGUGCGCAAUUUGGAAGGUGCAAAUCAGGAAGUCCCCGGUACCUUGUUAGAUCUAGCUAUGCAGAGUGCUUGGUUUAGAAAGUCACGCUUCAAGGGCGGCAAGGGCAAAAAGCUCAAUGUUGGAGGACAAGGACUGGGAUUCAGAGAAAGACCUGGAUUGGGAAGUGGUGAUAGUGGUGGUAGCAGUAGUGGUGGUCAGAAGAAGCCAGGCCCAGCCGCCUCUGCCUAUGGAAGCCUUAACUCAAGUUCAUUACCAUCUGAAGGUCAGAGAGCAAGAGGUCCUGGAUCAGAUCGACUUGGGGCCAUGAAAGAUGCCUUCCGAGCUCAAUACAUGAGUCAGUUUACUGCAUCUGAGGAUACAACUUGGGAAAAGACAAUGCAGAAAUCUGAUUAUGGUAGUGUAAAACAUGAAGGCAGUAACAAGACCAGUAAUUCAAGCAGCUCCAGUAGCAGCAGUGGUGGAACCACUCUCAGUUCUGGCACAUACAUUGCUGGUGGUCCACCCAGAAACUUAAACUACCCUCCUCCUCCCCCCUUUGUUGCAGCAUCAUCAUCUAGUGAUAGCUCAUCGAGGUCAGACUCGAGAAAAAAAAGGAGUAGGUGGGACGACAAUUGAAUCAAUUGCUUCACUGCUUGAAUCUUUUGAUAUUUCCAGAAAUACAAUUGUCUGCUGUGUUUCACAUUUUGCUACAAUUUUCAUUUGUGAGCUGUGAUCUGUCAUUUAUAGGUGGAAAAUUUUGAAAAUUUGUAAUAUUGAACUGUAAAUUUAGAACAUUCUUCUAAUACUGCUAUGGGUCACAGUUACAUAAUUGAUUUUUUUUUCUGAGCUCACUUUUUAUAAUUAUUUACAAAGGUCUUUUGUAAGUGUUUGUUGAGUCAGUAAUUUUCUCAAUAUCCUCACUUUUCAUCACAAGUAUAGAUUUUGAACAAUUCUGUAUCCCUGUUUUUGAUGUGUAAAUAUGUAGAAAUAAGGUAAUUUAAUUCAUGAACUUUUAGCAGACCUAAGAUUAAUUUUUCUUCAAAAAUGUUAAUUUUCUCAAACCGUUAAGAUGGAAGUAUUCACCUUACUUGAAUUUGAACUCAGGCCUUUUCUGGCUGUAGAUUGCCCCUCCCCAUGUCAUUGUAAGUGCCGACAGGCCUUCCUCUAUGUAAUUGAGUUGUGUGUAAAGUGUAGUUUCUGAAAUGACUCAGGUUAACCUCUAGAGUAGGUUUAGUUCUGGAUCAAUUUUAUAUUUCUUGAAACAGUUGUUGAACAGUCAUCAGAAUAAUAAAGGACAACAGACAGCG